AUGACCGAGUUUAGCGAAGAUUCAGGCUUUGAGCAAAACUCAGAAGAUGAACUUCUUUUUAACCUUGACAUAAAAAACAAAACCCCUAUCCACCAAGAAAAUAAUAAAUUAAAAGAAAAACCUGAAUUAGAAAUAAUUCCACAUAUUCCUUUAGCAGAAUCUGGGCACAGCUUAGAACCUGACAUGAUGUUUGGGUAACUCCUAUUUAGUUGAAGGCCGAAUUCGCUUUUGCAAAACGGUCCAAUACCUUUAUCGUUUACAUAUGACAGAAUUCCUGCACAAAAUGCUAUUUUUAACGGAUACAGGCCUGAAGAUUCUUUAGAACUCAAUGAAACUUUUUCAGGGCCUGACACUUAUAAAUUUUCAAUUAAUCCAAGAAUAAAACAUGCUUGGGAACUUGUAUAGCUUUAUGCUAUUUUUAUAUUUUAGUUGGCAUGCUAAAUCCAUUUUUGCAUAAUAAGAUCUAUUAAUUCUAUUCCAAAUUGGAACCCCAUGAAAACAUUAUUAUAUAAAUUCUAAUACUAUAAAAAAAGAAUGAACCAAAAAAGGAAAAUCGCCCUUUUAUUGGGAUGAAAGAAGGCCUAGAGCCUGAAGAGCUCGAAUUUUCAUCAAAAUUCGAAUGUGGAAACCUAGAUAAAGUUGUAAAAGUAAAAGAGAAUGAGUACGAUUUAUAUUUAAGGACAGAUUCAAAUACUUAUGGUCAUAAUCAGUGAUAUUAUUUUAAAGUAUCUAACAAAAGCUAUGCAAGGGAGGUCAAAUUUAACAUAGUCAAUUUCUCUAACUCCCCCCUCCGUGAGUGAACAAAAAAUUUUAUUCACUCACGGAGGGGGGUUAUUUUUUUUUUUAAAAAAACAUUUAUAUAUAAUUUUUUUAUAAAAUUUUUUUUUCGAAAUUUAAAAAAAUCUCGCUUCUAUAAAAAUGGAAAGCAAAUAUUAAUUUAACUUAUAAAAUUUAUGUUUUAAAACGAAAUUUGUUUAAAAUUAAACAGAAUUAGCUCGAAAUUUCAUUAUACUAAUUAUCACUUAUAUAUCAAAAUUUUUUUCCAUAAAAAAUUUUUCAUUUAAAAAAAUUUUUGUUCGCUCUCGGAGGUGGGUUUUUGUGCAAAAAAAUAGGGUUUUUUCUAAUGGUUUUGUUCACUUACGGAGGGGGGUAAGCGCGCAACAGUUUAUAUACACAAGGACUAAUGCCAUGCAUUUACCGCGAAAAAACUGGCUGAGUAAAAGGUGGUUACAAUAUUACGUAUACUAGUAGUAAAGUAAACAGACUUUUAGUCAAUAGAUAUUACUAUUCUUUGUCAUUCUUAUUCCAAUUUCAUGAAAAUGACACUGUCUUUUUUGCUUACUCUGUACCUUAUAGCUAUACAAAAUUAUGUAAAUUGCUGAAAGAGCUUGAAAAAUAUGAUUUUGUGAGGAAAGAAAUUCUUUGCAAAAGCUUAGGAGGGGUUGAAACACCAAUGCUGACUGUUACUGAUUUUAGUAAUUCAGAAGAAAAAGAAGCUGUUUUUAUGACUGCAAGAGUUCAUCCUGGAGAAACCCAUGGGUCAUGAGUAAUGGAAGGAUUUUUAAAAUUUAUCACAGGAAAUUGCAAAAAAGCCAAAAAGCUGAGGAAAAAAAUUGUUUUCAAAAUAGUCCCUAUGCUAAAUGUAGAUGGUGUUAUUGUAGGAAAUACAAGAUGCUCUUUGACAGGAGAAGACCUAAAUAGAAGCUUCCAAGACCCGAACCCAAAAUUAAAUCCAGUCAUCUAUCAUCUAAAAAGUAAAGCAGCAACCAUAAGCUCUGUCCACAAGCUGAUAUUUUAUUUUGAUUUGCAUGCCCAUUCUAAGAAAAAAGGAGUUUUCAUGUAUGGGCCACAUUACCCUCUUCACUCAGAAAAAUAUUGCAAAAUAAAAGUUUUCCCCAAACUUAUAAGCGAAACCACAGAAAUGUUCCGCUAUUAUUCUUGCAGGUUCCGAAAUGAAGCUAGCAAACGUAAAACAGCACGUUUAGUUAUGUGAAAAGAGCUUGAAUUGCCAUAUACCUAUACAGUUGAAUCUUCCUCACAUGGAUAUUUAGACAGUGAAAGAGCUACAAUUGCGUUUACCGAAGAAAAUUUGCAUAGACUAGGGAAAUGUUUAGGAGAAACUAUAUUAGAAUAUAUAGAAAUUAGGGAUAGAGAUAAGGAAGACCAAGAAUUAAGAAAAUUUGAAAGAUUGAGAAAAAGGAAUAAAAUGACAGAAAGUGAUGAAGAAAAAGAAAAAGAGCUUCUAAAAGAAAGAGAAACGACCCAACGUGUAGUGAUUCCAAAAAGAAGAACGAUGGCAGAUAUCAUAAAUAGUAUAAGGGAUGAGCCACAAAUAAUGGAGAGUGAAUCUGAUAGCUCAGAUUCUGAAGUAGAUGAAUACAGCGAAGAAAGAGACGAAUUAGAAGCAGAAAUGAAAAAAAAUAUUCUUAAAGCAUUCAAAAAAGUUGAAAGCCUUUUGGAUUCGCCAUUAAUAAUCAAAAGCUAUCUCCCUAUAUCUUCGAAAAAAAAGAAAGCUGAAUCUAAAGAAAAAUUCCCAAAGCCACCUAUGAGUUCUUUAGCUAAAUAUUAUGCUCUAAAUAAAUUCUGUUAAAAUAUUUAUUAGUCAUAAAUCAAGUUUUAAAUAAAUUAGGAUUUUAAUUUGCCUUAAUCAUAGAUAAAUUAAUGACACACAAAAUACUUUUCAAGAGCUUCAUCAGCUUCUCGAAGCAAUCGUAAAAACUUACGAUUUCGAGCAGAAAGUGCAAUCCCAGAUUUUUCUCCAGAAGAUAUCUGUAUUCAGCCUUCAGGAACUCGUCCACCUUCACGCAACAACGAUUUUCCUAAAUUUUCAUACUCAAGAGGCCUACAAAAAUUCAAGCAAAAAAACGCCGAGCUAUCAUUUGAUAAAAAAGAAAUUCCAAAACCCAAACACAAGCGCGACUCAAAAUCAUUAUGUUUUUCAGAUAUCACGAAGAAAAUUAAUGUGCCAAUAACAAGUAAAGACUCGGAAAAGCCUUUCUUUCCAGCUUAUGAGGGCGCCAAAAGCUCUUCUGAAGCAUUUGAGGAUUUAAAAAGAAGUACCCCUAUAAAACUGCGGUACAAGAUGUUAAGUGAUCAAAUACAUGUAAAUCAGUUUUCAACAUAUAAAAAUACAUUGAAAAAGCCUUAA